AGCACCUCUGUCUCCUCCUCAUUCAGCCCAAGCGCCCAGCCAGGAACAUGUGGAGCUGCGCUCUUACCCUGUGCCUGCUACUCACUGCCUUCCCUGGGGGGGACCCCGCACCUCCUGAUCCGAAAUACAUGCUUCUGGUACCCACUGUCCUGCAUGGCGGGAGUGAGGAGAAAUUCUGCCUGCUUCUCUCCCACCUUAAUGAGAGCGUUGUGGUGACACUGACCAUGGGGCUGGAGAGACAGAAUGAGACACUACUGGAGAAACAGGUCAUGGAAAAAGAAGAUGACAGCUGUGUCACCUUUAUGACUCCCAAGUUGGAUGCACCAGAGGUGGCCUAUCUCACACUGCUUGUAGAUGGAGACUCCCUGCACUUCACAUCUCGGAGGAGCGUCCUGAUCAAACCUGUGCAGAACCUGGUGUUUGUCCAGACUGAUAAACCCAUCUACAAACCAGGACAGAAAGUUCAGUUCCGCAUUGUGUCUCUGGAUGAGAACUUUUACCCUGUAUCUGAGAAGUUUCCUGCUGUUUAUAUUACGGACCCCCAGGGCAACCGGAUAAGCCAGUGGCUGAAUGUGGAGCUCAAGAAAGGGCUUACCCAGGAAUUCUUUCAGCUCAGCCCUGAGCCCACCCUUGGGACAUACUCACUGAUUGUAGAAAGAGAGAAAGGUGCCCCUGUUACACACAGCUUCAGCGUGGAGGAAUACGUGUUGCCAAAAUAUGAGGUGCAGGUGAAACUGCCAGCGACCCUAACAAUACUGGGGCAAGAAGUGCCGGUGACUGUGUGCGGCAGAUACACGUACGGAAAGCCGGUGUUGGGAAGGAUCAACGUCCGAGUGUGCAGAAAGUUCUCUGACCGUUACAAUCUAUGCCAAGGGGAAGAAGACGGGGUUUGUGAGGAGAUUUCCCAACGUGCCGAUCUUAAUGGCUGCAUCUCGGAUGUGGUGAACACCAAAGUCUUCCAGAUGAGACGGGCAGGUUAUGAGAUGAAAAUCAUAGCUUCGGCCAAAAUAACAGAGGACGGGACAGGUGUGGAACUGACCGGUGAAGGUUCUUCUGAGAUCAAGAGCACCUUGGCUACAGUAUCUUUUCGGCAUUUGGACUCCCACUAUAAAAAAGGCAUCCCUUUGUAUGGACAGGUGUUCUUGGAGGAUGCAGCUGGGAACCCAAUGAGCAAUGAGACCGUGGUGGUUUAUGUUGGGAAUGAUGGAACCAAUUUCACCUAUACAACUGGGCAGGAUGGAACAGCAGAGUUCUCCAUUGAUACCAGCUCUUUCCAACUGUCAUCUGUCAGGAUCAAGGCCAGCUACAAGACUGGAGACUACUGCUCUGGGCACAGGUGGCUGACUGCAUCGUAUGAAGAGGAUACACGCCAUGUUAACCAUUUCUACUCCCGGAGCAAAAGCUUUCUGAAAAUCCAGCCUAUCCACAGGACUUUGGAGUGUCAAAUAGUAGAGAAAGUCAAUGUGCAUUACAUUCUGACUCCUGAGGGUGUUGGCGAGGCAAGAAACGCAGUGUUUCACUACCUGGUAAUGGCAAAGGGAGGUAUAGUAGAAAAUGGCAAACACACAUUGGCACUUAUCCCAAAUCAAGAGGCACAAGGGAACUUCUUAUUUGACCUCCCUGUUGGAACUAAUGUCUCCCCUUCUGCCAAGAUCUUGGUUUAUCUGGUUCUGGAGAGCGGAGAGGUCAUUGCAGACAGUAUCACCCUCAAGGUGGUCCAAUGCUUUGAAAACAAGGUGAAACUCUCAUUUUCCCCCACUGAAGGUCUUCCAGGCUCUCAGGCCCAUCUCCGGCUAGUUACAAAUCCCACUUCCCUGUGUGCUGUACGGGCUGUAGAUGAGAGUGUGCUGCUAUUAAAACCAGAGGCUGAACUAUCUGCAAGAACGAUAUAUGACCUGUUGCCAUUAAAAGACCUUAGUGGAUAUGACCAUGAUGGAAAAUUCCUUGAGGAGCUUCGGGACGACCCUUGUUUGCCAUUGGAGCCAAUGUAUAUAAAUGGCAUUUAUUACACUCCAUCAAAUCCAGACUGGGACACAGACACCUACACAAUCUUAAAAAGUUUGGGUCUUAAGGUUUUCACAAACACCAAUAUUAGAACCCCCGUUGUUUGUGAACGAAGAUGGAAGAUGGAAAAUGAACUUGCAUAUGACUCUGAGGAGGAAUUAGCCAUGGCUCCAAUGGCAAUGCGGUAUAUGGAAGUCAUCGAAACUGUGCGAAAAUAUUUCCCAGAGACUUGGCUUUGGGACUUAGUUGAAACAGAUGCUGAUGGGAAAGCUGAUCUGGCAGUGACUGUCCCAGACACCAUAACGACUUGGAAAGCCGGAAUGUUCUGUACCUCACAGGGUGCCGGGUUUGGUCUUUCUGAAACUAUAUCCCUGGUAGCUUUCCAGCCCUUCUUCCUUGAACUUACCCUGCCGUAUUCUGCUAUCCGUGGAGAGAAGUUUAUCUUAAAGGCUACAGUGUUUAAUUACCUCUCACAGACCAUAAGGGUGGCCAUUUCAUUAGAAGAUUCAGACCAAUUUUUGGCUAAACCCUCAAACCUACAGGAAGAUGGUUACUGUGUCAAAGGAAAUGGUCGAGUCACUCUGUCUUGGGAUGUGACCCUUAAGUCUUUAGGGGAAGUGAACUUUACAAUGAGUGCCGAGACCCUGACAGGGGAAGGCCUGUGCGAGAAUGAGAUUGUUGACCCAAUACAGGGUAGAAAGGAUACAAUCACCAAACAUAUCCUGGUGGAGCCGGAGGGAGUGGAAAAAGAGGAGACACAGAAUGCCAUGAUCUGUGGAAAAGGUUCUGAAAUAACUGAGGAUAUUCACCUCAAACUCCCGGAGAGGGUAGUAGAAGGAUCAGCACGGGCGUAUUUCUCUGCCGUCGGUGAUAUUCUAGGCACAGCCAUACAGAACUUGGGGAACCUCGUUCAGAUGCCGUAUGGUUGUGGAGAGCAGAAUAUGGUUCUCUUCACCCCAAUUAUCUACAUCUCGGAAUAUCUGAACAAAACGAAUCAGCUGACUCCAGAAAUGAAGUCAAAAACCCUCAGCUACAUGAGCACUGGCUACCAGAAGCAGCUUUCAUACAAACACUAUGAUGGUUCCUACAGUGCAUUUGGACAACAGUAUGGAGAGGGAAAUACCUGGCUGACUGCUUUCACAAUGAAGUCCUUUGCCCGAGCACGAGCUCACAUUUAUAUUGAGGAGAAGCUGAUCUCAGAUGCUCUUACUUGGCUGUCAAACCAUCAAAAGGAAAAUGGCUGUUUCCAUAGUGUCGGCAAACUCUUCAAUAACGCUAUGAAGGGUGGAGUAGAUGAUGAAGUGACAUUGGCUGCCUACAUAACGAUUGCUCUUCUGGAAUAUCCGCUCCCUGUCACACAUCCUACUGUCCGAAAUGCUCUCUUCUGCCUGGAGAGUGCUUUGGGAGGCAAGAACAGCAUCUACACCAAGGCCUUAAUGGCUUACGCUUUCACUCUUGCUGGAAGGAUGGACAUCCGCCGUCAGCUCCUACAGUCAUUGGAUGAACAGGCCAUAAAGAAGGAUGGUACAGUCCAUUGGCAGCGCCCAGAGACUUCUGAUGAUUCAGGGCAUUACAGGAACCCAUACAGCCAGGCCCCUUCAGCAGAAGUAGAGAUGACUUCAUAUGGGCUCCUAACUCUCUUGUCCAAACCUGAUGUCUCAGAUGAAGAUCUGACCUUGGCCACCCAGGUUGUCUCCUGGAUUAUAAAGCAGCAGAACCCUAGUGGUGGCUUCUCCUCAACUCAGGAUACGGUCGUGGCACUCCAGGCCCUUGCCUUGUACGGUUCUCUCACCCUCAGCCAUGACUCCACCCGAACUGUUUUACUCUCUCUGGAAAAAACUCCGGUUGCUAAAUUCAAUGUGGAGGAUUCAAACCGGUUACUUCUCCAGCAAAUUGCCCUGAAGGAAGUCCCAGGGGAUUACACUGCCACAGUCAGUGGGUCAGGGUGUCUGUACCUCAAGACGGCCCUGAGAUAUAACGUCCCCCACCCCAAAGAAGAUGCCGCUUUCACAAUCUUGGUAACCACAGAGCCUACAGCCUGCGAUAGAAAGUCCCUCAAAUCAUUUGCAAUAGUGGCCAAUGUAAGUUAUAUUGGCAAGAGGGCAAACUCAAAUAUGGCUCUAAUGGAAAUCAAGAUGCCAUCAGGGCACGUUCCUGUAAAAUCUUCUGUCAAAAAGCUGCCCAGGCUCAACAACUUCAUUAAAAGAACAGAGAUUCAGACCAAUAAAGUCAAUGUGUACUUUGAGUUGCUCUCCAAGGACAUCCAGAGCUUUAGUUUCCUGGUGGAACAGGACAUUCCCAUCAGCAACCUCCAGCCAGCCACUGCCAUCAUCUACGAUUACUAUGAGAAAGAUGAUUUUGCCGUGACCAAGUACAGCGCCCCCUGCAGUGCAAACGAUGGUGGGAACAAUGAGUAAUGGCGAAGUUUUGCGAAGGAACGAAGAAGCACCAGCUGUGUUGUAACACGGACUCAAAAAUAUUUGAUUGUGAUGAUCCAUGGACUUUUUGAAAGGACUUCUCUUCUUCCACACUGCCAGCCAGUUCAUUCCUUGAGAUAUUUUGUAUCAGAUAAAGCGAAUAUGAAGGCAGAGAACCAAGUACAGCCGCCAUUAUUUCAGUACAGGACAAAGCAUUUCGUAUAAGGCUCUCAUAAUGGCUCCACCUCCAUUUUGACCGUACAAUUAUUUUGAUGUUUUGUAAGCAACUAAAGGAGUAAACGCAAAGGGGCAGAGUCAUAUUUGUUAUGGCUGCCACAAAAGCCUCAGUGAAAGUUUCUGCAGAGGUAACAAUGGGGUAUGUCACAAAAAAUAAUUGCAAAACAUUUUCUGUUUCAGUGAUAAAAGCCCAGCCAUCUGCUUCUCCAACUGACUGUAUGAAAUGGUGUAAUAAAGUAGAUAAUCAAAUUCC